AUGAUUGGGGAUGCAAACGGAAGCUCACUCAUUGAAAUCGAUGACCAGGAAGAAGUAGAAGAUCCAUUUCUGGCGUUUAUCGAGUAUGCCAGAGCGGUGAUUUCGCCGGAAGAUGACCGAAUUGAGGAUCCCACGACUGAGGCUAGUGGUCCGGGUUGGGGCUGGAUCGCCUCGCGCAUCUUGAAAACCUGUACCGCUUAUUCUAGCGGUGUCACCGCCGCGAUUCUGUUGUCCGAUCUCUCUCAGGCAUGGCAUGAGCAAAACAAACCAGGAAUGUCAAAGAAGAAGCCAGAGCUCAUAGAUCAAUUGAAAAAGAGUCACAGAAGAAGGAGACUCGCUAAUACUGUCACAAUAGACUCGAUUCAUGAGAAGAAUUUUCUAUCCAUGAACAGCGUUUUGGAAGCUGUUAUCGUCAACGCUGAUGUUCUUCCUGGUACAAACAUAUUCAUGCUCACACUAGGGGAUUUCUGGAGCUCAAACACCAUUGAUCUCUAUCUACAUCGCAGAUAUUAUGAGUUGGUGGAAACAGCAAAUGGGAUCCUUAGGAAAGGCAGAGAGGUUUUGAUCACUGGAUGUUACCUUCGUACCGCUAGAGAAGGAUGUGGCACUCCGAGAUUACUUCCAACAGAGUAUCUCGUCAUACUGCUAGAUGAGGACGCAGAUGAUGAUACAAUCCUUAUAGGAACUCUGUUUUACUCGGAUACUUUCUCGUCUGUUUCUCUUGAUGCUUUCAACAAUGGAACUUCAUACUCUUUGUAUGCUAGGAUUGAAUCUAUAGGUCCUCUGGAAUCUGAACUCGAGUUUAGUACUGCGCAUAGAAGGCAAAUUUCACUUGUAGAUUGUGACGGCGUUAGGUUAAAAUUUAUCUUGUGGGGAGAGCAAGUCAUCCUGGCAAACCUUAUGAGUGUGGGAACUACGCUUGGGCUUGAGAGGCCUUAUAUUUCUAGUCUCGACGUGAGUGCAAUAGAAGGAAAGGAUGAGUUCUGCCUAGAAUAUGGUAGCGCAACACAUCUCUAUCUAGUGCCGUCAAUCCUACAAGAGGAAAGGGUUUGCGUAUCGUUGACCCAAAAUCAGUGUCAAGGAUCUAAACUGCUUGGUUCAGUAGGAGUUUCGCAGGUGACAUUGCCUCGUGAUGCCGAGGGGUCUAUAGACUUCAGUAAUUAUCCUUUUCGGACGAAUAUAACAGACAUUCGCGACAAAACCACUGGGAUCAGUCUCUAUGGGGUUGUAACAGAGAUCUUAUCUGAUCCAAAUGCCAGAGGAGUGGUGUUUUCUCUAAAAAUUGAGGACGCAACUGGAGCAAUUUGGGCCAAGCUCCAUUUUACUAGUACCUGGUCGUUGGGAAGGGUAGGGCAUGGUCAUGUCGUGUACGUGUCUGGGUUGUCCUGCAAAACCACAAACGAUUGCCGCCUUGAGGUGUUAUGGUACGAGAAGGACGAGAAAGCUACAUUCAUCAACCUUAGCUGCUUACCUGCAUUUCUGGCCUCUUCCUGUCUUCACAGAAUCUCUACCCUCUCCCAAAUAUCAAAACAGAGAAAUCCUGCAAUUAACAUUUGUCGGGUUAAGCUGGGCGAGAUUGGCCAAUGCCAGAACAUCCACACGAGAUUGUCACACAGCGUUUGCGGCCAGUUCAUAGACGAAGAAUCAUCAUCGUCAUCAUCGCAUGGAGGGAAUCUGCAUUGUAGCUUCUGCAGAGUGAGCUGCAACAGUAGGGCAGGAUCAGAAGUGGUGAGAUCUUUCCACAUAAUGAUAACACUUGCAGACGAAGAAACCAAACUAUACGUGUGGUGUACGGGUCAGUCCGCAUCAGCUAUACUUCAGAUUUCCCCUGACGAGUUCUGUGAGCUCCCUGAGGAUGACCAGCUGAUAUAUCCGUCUUCGUUGGAGAAUAAUGAGUGGUUCCUAGUGACCUUAGCAAACAGCGGCAGUCGGAAUUUGGGUUCCGGCCAUCGGCCGUCUCAUGAGACGGAGGCGACUUGCUGGGAAAUCACCCGCGCUCUCAAGAUUUAA